AUGGCUUCGCAUAACACCGACAACCCAUGGCAAGACCAGCCUAGUCAGCAGCAGCAAAGCUACCAGAGCCAAAACCCGUACCAAACCUAUCAAAAUCAGUCUCACAACCCAUACUCUCAACAAAUGCCACCAAAUCCUCUAGGCCAACAUCCUCCUCAGCAGCAUGAUACAUCUCCAUGGGCCCAAGAGACCGGCCAAACCCAAUCUCACAACCCUUACGCCCAGACUACCCCUCAGGAGACUUCUCAACACUCAUACUAUCAACAAGACACACCACAGCAACCCUACCAGGGUCAGACAUCCAAUACUACUCAAGGAGAGGUACCACCUGGUCUGCCACCCCGCCGCACAGCCACGGAAAUGGCGCUCCCUACUGGGCAAGACCGCUCUCACCAGAUCGAGGUUAUGCAGAGCUAUGAAGCGGCAGGAAGAAAAGACGAUGACGACGAAAAUGUCGAGAUUCUCCAACGCGAGUUUCCAAAGCUCGAUGGAAGCCUGAUUGCCGCCAUUUACGGCGACAGUAAGAGUCUGAGUGCGACUAGGGAGAUGUUACACGCGUUGGAGUAG